AUGAAGAUAUCUCCACCAAAAGGAUUUAAACUACUUGCUGGUAAUCAAUUGCUUAGGUAUGGAGAGUCCAACAGAUUAUUCUGUCAUUUGAAAUCCACCAAUUUAAAUGAAAGCCAAUAUGUUGAACCUUAUUGCCCGUGUGAUAUUACAUCUCCAGAUUGUUACAUUGUUCCAAUAAGUACCGAGCAUCGAAUAUUUAUCCAUACAAACGACACGAAUGAGUUUCAAAGUACAAAAUCUUUAAGAAAUCUUGAUGAAAAAAAUGUUUUUUAUAUAGCGGGUUAUCAAUUGUCUGUAACUAAAACUGCCAAUCUCAACAUACAUUUAGACACAGCCGAACCCACCGAAGUCGAGUUCCAACAAUUAGAGAAGAAAACGUUUGUUUCUUCAACUAACGGAUUUACUGUUGGAAGCACUUUGUGUAGUUCUGGAUUUUUCUCUGAUGAAUUCAGAUGUUCCAAACUACUGAAAUGUCUCAAUGGGGAUUCUUUUGAUUCAAUUACACAAAAGUGCUAUAUAUGUGACGAUGUCAACUGUGUAACAUGUAUAAAAGACAAAAAUUUAGUUGAUAAAUGUGUGUUAUGUAAAGACGGAUAUGUUCAUAUCGAUGGAGUUUGUGUAAAAGAUCCACAUUGUUUGGUCAACAGAUUAAGUGAUUGUAUCAAAUGUGAAGAUGGGUAUAUUAAUUAUAGAGGAAGGUGUAAAGAACCAGAUGACAAUUGUCAGACAAGAAACAAUGAUAACACUUGUCAAAUGUGCACAUCUUCAAGUAACACAGUGAACGUAAAUGGAAAAUGUGUUCCCAUCUCAGAUUAUGUUGUGAUGAGAGGAGACUCCUCCAUUAUAUAUUGCCAAAAAGGAUACUUCGUUUUAAAUGAAACAUUUUGCGAAAAAUGUGAUAAUCAUUUUGGCAACUGUGAUGAAUGUAUUGGAGAGCAGUGUACUGUUUGUAAAAUGAAUUAUGAAUUCGACUUAAAUGGUAAUUGUGUUUUAAAGACGUGUAAAAAUUCGAUCAACACUGCAAUUGAUAACAAUGGGAAGUGUCUUCUUCCGAUAGAGCAUUGUAUACUUUACAAAAAUGAAAAAUGUGUUAACUGUGACGAAGGAUAUAUGUUGGAGUCUUUUAACAAAUGUGUAGUUCCAGAUUUGACCACUUGUAUAACACCAAACACAACAGGGUGUUUAAGGUGCAAAGAUGGUAUGUAUGUUGACAAUGAAUUGAAGUGUAGUGAUUGUGAUCCAAUGUGCCCAACAUGCAAGAACUCUCCGGAUUUCUGUCUCACCUGUCCAGAUAAGCGAUUUUUGAAGAACAACAAAUGUCUUUCCAAUGCUGAAUUGGAGGCAGUGUGCAAAGUGAUGUCUCUUGGUGGAGAUAGAUGUUACGAGUGUCAAGACGGUUUUUAUCUCAAAGACCAACAAUGCCAAAGAUGUGAUGAACAGUGUGGCUCUUGUAAAAUACCUCACAUAUGCUUGACCUGCAACGAAACUAAUUUCAUGAAUGACCAAAAUCAGUGUGUACCACAAAGUUUAAUAUAUGGUUGUUCUGUUGCUAUUACACAGCGAGGAUGCACUCAAUGUGAAGAGGGUUACCACACGUAUAAAUCGAAUCAAUGCCAGAAAUGUACAGACAAAUGUAUUCGAUGUUUAAGUGAUGGAGAGUGCACCAUUUGUGAGAAUGGUACAGUUCUUAAUAAAGGGUUAUGUCUGAGUUACACAACAGUCACGGGAUGUAUAGAAGCAAUGAACAACAGAUGUAUCAAGUGUCCAUUCUGGCAAGCUCCCAGUGUUGAUGGUUUAUAUUGUAUGAAUAGUCCAGUGUGGUGGGUAAUAUUAUUAGCAGUCAUUGGAGGUGUUGUACUUUUAAUAGGCUUAAUAUUGGCAUUCUUUUUCGCUUCACUCAAAAUAAUGAAGGUACAAAAGAUGAAGGAAUUGAAGAGACGAUUCAAUGUCUUUAAGAUGUCGAAAACAAAUUUGGACUUUGUUGAGUUGAGUGAUGGAAUUAUGGUGGACAAACCGUAUGUUGAAUUCUGUUCGAUAGAAGACAAAGUUCCAGUUGAUAUUGAGACACAAGCUGUUCUCUGUAUUGGAAAUUCAAAUAGGAAAGUAACGAAAGUACAAUUUUCAAUUAAAACGGGAGAGGAAAAGUUUGAAUUGAGGGUGUGUCCAGAGAUGGUUACACUCAGAAGUGGGUAUGCUUGUGAAUUUAGUCUUUUCUUGACUCCCAAAUUUACUUGUAAGAUUGAGAGCACUGUGUUGAUUAUUUCCAAAAAUUUGUCAACCGGGAAAGAAUCUGCAAACGAGUUUCUCAUUAAAGCUGAGACGGUCAUGUCAACUCGCCUUGACCCAAAGGAUCUCGUUGAUAUAGAGCAGGUUGGUGAGGGUGGAUUUGGAGUUGUUUUCAAAGGAACAUACAAGGAAAAGUUGGUUGCAAUUAAGAAGAUGAAAGUGUUUGAUGUAUCAGCUGAGGGUAUUGAAGAUUUCACACGCGAGAUAGAUAUGUUAGACAAAUUUAGAAGUGAGUUCAUUGUUCAUUUCUAUGGUGCGGUCUUUGUCACGACAAAAAUUUGCAUAGUAACAGAAUUUGCAGAAUUUGGAAGUCUUAAUUCGAUGUUGAAAAAGAUACCAUCUAAAGAGGUUGAGAGAGGUCUGAGAAUCAAAUUCAUGUUUGACGCUGCGAGAGGAAUUCAGUAUUUGCACUCCAACAACAUCAUGCACAGAGAUAUAAAACCUGACAACAUUCUUAUUUUUUCGAUGAAUAAAGGAGUUCAAGUGAAUGCCAAAUUGACUGACUUUGGGUCGUCGAGAAACAUCAACAUGUUGAUGACUAAUAUGACAUUCACUAAAGGGAUUGGAACCCCAAUUUACAUGGCACCUGAGGUGUUAAAGCAAGAGAAAUACACAAAACCAGCUGACAUCUUUUCGUUUUCAAUAACUAUGUAUGAAUGCUUCGGGUGGUGUAAAGCUUAUCCAAUGGAAUUGUUCAGAUACUCUUGGAUGAUCGCUGAAUUCGUUAGUGAUAACAAAAGAAUGGAGAAAUCCGACAAUAUUACUGCAAAAGAGUUCAAUCUUAUUCAAGACACGUGGUCCCAAGAAGCAAAAACAAGACUCUUGAUAGAAGAUGUUGUUCUCCGGAUUAAAGAUCUUAUUGAAUAA